AUGGCGGGUGCGGGCCGGCCGGUGCCCAUGUGCCUGCUGCUGGGAGCCGCGGGUGGUGGCAAGACCCUGCUGGCCAGGCGGCUGCGUCAUAUCCGGCGGGAUCGGGGGGUCCCGGGGUGGGCCCGGCGGGGCGGGGGUCCCGGGCGGGUGGCGGGUCUUGUCCCCGUCCCAGCAUCGUCGUGUCCUUAACCCGCGGCACAGCUGAGCGCCGAGGCGGGGCCUGCGGAGCUGGGCGAGCCCCCGGCCACGCUGCCCACGGUGGGCACCAAUCUGACCGACCUGAGGCUGCCGAGGAAGGUGACGGUGCGGGAGCUGGGCGGCUGCAUGGGCCCCAUCUGGCCCAGCUACUACGACGAGUGCAGCGCUCUCCUGUUCGUGGUCGACGCAGCCAACCCCACCCAGGUCUCCUCAUCCUGCAUCCAGCUGCUCUCCGUGCUCUCUGCAGUGCCGCUUGCUUCUGUGCCAGUGCUGGUCCUCUUCAACAAGAUUGACCUGCCCUGCUACAUGUCUCUGGCAGAGAUGAAGUCGCUGUUCCGCAUGCAGGAUGUCGUCUCCUGCGCCACGCAGCCCAUCACGAUGCUGGAGACCAGCGCCCGCACCGGCACCGGCCUGGCCGACGUCCUGCAGUGGCUGCAGGCUGUCCUCGGAGACCAGCGCUGA